AUGGACGGCCCACUUGUGCUGAAUGAAAUUUUGAGCUGGUUAAAAAAGUAUAAGAGAAGGGGUAUGUUUUUCAAAGUCGAUAUUAAAAAGGCGUAUGAUUCGGUCAAUUGGGCGUUUCUUGACUCGAUUAUGCAGCAAAUGAAUUUUUCUAGCAGGUGGCGAACUUGGGUUAUGGCUACUCUUCGUUCUGCCAAAGCCUCGGUGUUAGUUAAUGGUUCCCCAACCAGGGAGUUUGUAUGCUCAUGUGGGCUUCGUCAGGGAGAUCCUUUGUCUCCAUUCCUUUUCGUUAUGGCCAUGGAGGCUCUGUCAGGUAUUAUGAAAGUUGCUGAUUCCACGGGCUUGUUUAAAGGAAUUAAAAUCUCUAACGAGGGUCCAUAUUUAUCACACUUAAUAUACGCGGAUGAUGUAAUGUUUGUUGGUGAGUGGUCCAUGUCGAAUAUCAACAACCUUCGUCGUAUGCUUAGAUGUUUCUAUCUAGUUUCAGGUUUAAAAGUGAACCUUGCUAAGUGUAGUAUUUUCGAUGUCGGGGUAAGUGAGCUCGCAGUUCAAGAAAUGGCGAAUCGGUUGAAGUGUAAGCAAGUCGCUGGCCCGUGGAAGAACAUUUGCAGCAUUCGUCACAUUCUCCUUAACGCGAAUAUAGAUCUGAAAAUGGCCUCAUCAGCGGCUUUGGCUAACGGCAAAAGCAUACAUUUUUGGCUGGAUAGUUGGGCUAACCAGGUUCCUUUCUAUUUAUUGUUCCCAGAUUUAUUUAGAGCUGAAACAAAUAAAAGUUGUUUGGUGGCUGAUCGAAUGAGCUUAGCAGCAGAUGGGCGGGUCUUUAAUUGGGCCUGGCAGCGGCCCGAACUGAAUGGGGCUGAAGAGACCCAGUUCCAGCAGAUGUUGGGUAUUAUUGGGGGUCUGAGCCUGACUUUGGAUAGGGAUAAAUGGAUCUGGAAGUUAGCUAAGGAUGGGCAGUUUAGUGUGGCUAGCAUUAAAUCGGUCCUUAGCUCCCAUAACUGGCAUCGCCCAGAUAGAGUUUUUGUUUGGAAUAAUUGGGUCCCGAAGAAGGUGGGCAUAGUAGCUUGGAGGGCGGAUUUGAACCGGUUACCGACUAGAGCAGCCCUCCUGGUCCGUAAUGUUCCUGUGCAUGACCCGAUGUGUGUUUUUUGUGGUAAUUAUGAAGAAUCUAGCGAGCACUUGUUUGUCUCCUAUCAUUUCGCACAAUCGGUUUGGCUAAAUAUCGCCAGUUGGGGCAUGAUUCCUCCAAUCAUCGCCUUUGGUAUAAACGACUUACUGUCACUUCAUGAGUUCGAGUUUAGUGCGACUUUGAGCAAUAAAAGGAAAGCAUUACAUGCGGUAGUACUUGUUGCAUUUUGGUGUAUCUGGAAAUUAAGAAAUGAAGUGAUGUUCAGGCAGGCCAUUCCGAACUGUACGAAACUUUUGGGUGAGAUUAAGUCGAUGGCGUACUUAUGGGUUAAGAAUCGAUCAAAAUUGGUGUCCAUAACUUGGGAAGAUUGGAGUCGGUUUAGCUUUGGUGCUUAG